CCCAAACCGGUCUUUGUCGCUUCAAACCGUCCAAGGGAUUCAAAACGCAAAUCGAACCGCCACGUGUUCGCUUGGUUUCUUUCUUUCUCCCUACGCCUUGUCCGCUCCUCUCUCCCUCUCUCGUUCUCGUCCUCGUCUUUCUCGAGCCGCGAGGCGAUCGCAUCGGAGACUCGGAGCCGGCAAAACCCUAAGGGGAAGGUUUCUGCAAGGAGGAGGGAGAUGCAGGGCGCCAGCCACAUGCUCCUGGAGGAGCCCUUCCGCCUCGCCUCCGUCCUCUCCCCCGCCAAGCCUAAAGUAUUCCCAUCACUCACCAAGAUAGUUGGGACGCUCGGGCCCAAUUCACACUCGGUUGAGAUUAUUCAGGAAUGCCUCACUGCUGGAAUGUCAGUUGCACGGUUUGAUUUCUCAUGGAUGGAUGCUGCGUAUCACCAGGAGACCCUUGAUAAUUUGAGGAAAGCGGCACAGAAUGUGAAGAAGUUGUGCCCUGUAAUGUUGGAUACUCUUGGUCCAGAAAUUCAGGUUCACAAUUCCACUGGUGAGCCAAUUGAGUUGAAAGCUGGGAAUCAUGUUAUCAUAACUCCAGAUAUUUGUAAAGCUCUCUCUGCUGAGAUCCUACCAAUUAAGUUUGGUGAUCUUGCAAAAGCUGUGAAGAAGGGUGAUACUCUUUUUAUGGGCCAAUAUCUCUUCACAGGAAGUGAAACAACAUCUGUCUGGCUAGAAGUUGUGGAAACUUCUGGGGAAAAUGUAAAUUGUCUAGUGAAGAAUGCAGCUACACUUGACGGCCCCAUAUUCACUCUGCAUGCUUCACAAGUUCACAUCAAUUUGCCCACUUUGAGUGAAUAUGAUAAACAUGUCAUUUCAACUUGGGGUUCAUGUAACAGUGUUGACAUUAUAUCACUUUCCCAUACCCGCUCUGCUGAAGAUGUCAGGGAGCUCAGGGCCUUUUUACAAGCACACGCCCUUCCCGACACACAAAUAUACGCGAAGAUUGAAAAUUCAGAGGGUUUGGAUCAUUUUGAUGACAUUCUCAACGCGGCAGAUGGUAUCAUUAUUUCUCGAGGAGACCUGGGUAUUGACCUUCCUCCAGAAAACGUUUUCAUGUUCCAAAAGACAGCUAUUCAUAAAUGCAAUUUGGAGGGUAAACCUGUGAUCAUCACUAGAGUUGUGGACAGCAUGAUUGACAAUCUACGCCCUACCCGUGCAGAGGCAACUGAUGUUGCAAAUGCUGUCCUAGAUGGCACUGAUGGCAUUUUGCUUGGUGCGGAGACACUUCGAGGGCUUUAUCCUGUUGAUGCAGCUGAGACUGUGUAUAAUCAGCCGCUUCAAUUCAAGAAAGUAAUGUGGCAUGUAGGUGACCCAAUGCCCCACGAGGAAUCUGUGGCAUCAGCAGCGGUUGGUUCUGCAAUCAAAGUAAAAGCUGCUGCCAUUGUUGUGUUCACAUUCUCAGGGAGAGCUGCGAGGUUAGUUGCCAAGUAUAGGCCAACAAUGCCAAUUUUAGCAGUUAUCUUCCCACGUGAAGGAUCCGAUCCAUCAAAGUGGCGUUCUUAUGGCACAACACAGGCAAGACAAUGUUUCGCAGUGAGAGGCGUGUACCCUUUGAUGGGGAGUACUGAUGAGGCCGAAACUGGUGGGCUAACAAAGGAAGAGUAUGGGAUAAAACUUGCGAUGAGCUAUGGUCGGUCGGUUGGCAUAGUGAAGCCUUUCGACAGGUUGAUAAUCUUUGAAAAGAUUGGUGAUUCUUCUGUUGUCAAGAUCAUUGAGUGUGAAGGUUAGGCAUUAGAUGAUUGAUACCUACAACCCAUGCUGUAGUUUCAUGUAUCGCAUGGGAGAUUACCUCCAGUUCCAUCUCACUUAUUUAACCAAGUUCCAAGUAGAGUACAGCAAGAGCACAAGAUAUCUUGUUAGGGAAUUUUGCCCUCUUUUCAGAUUGUCUUUUGAUUUGACGCAAUAAAUUAUGAUGUCACAGAUUUAUACUGGAAUUAUGAUUUGAUUAUGCAAAUAUAGGAUUGUUGGCAACAAACCAUGAAUAA